CAAUAAAACAGCUACUAUUUCUCGAAAAAUUCUAUCUUUUCAUCGAAUAAAGCUCAAGUAUUUAUAUUCUACUUGUUAGUGUUUGAUAGAGAAAUCAAAGAUGUCAAGAGGGAAUAUAUGGAAUAUGGAUUAUGAUCUUGUUGUUUGUGGGAGUAAAUAUAAGUGUUGAAGGUAUAGGUGUCAACUGGGGUACUAUGGCUAGUCAUGAAUUACCUGCAAAAGUUGUGGUCAAGAUGUUGAAAGACAAUGGAAUCAAGAAAGUCAAGCUUUUUGAUGCUGAUGACACUACUAUGAAUGCCCUUAUUGCCUCUGAUUUAGAUGUUAUGGUUGCUAUUCCUAAUGAUCAGCUUGCUUCUAUGAACACUUAUAAACGAGCCAAGGAAUGGGUCCAGCGUAAUGUUACUCGUUACAAUUACAAUGGAGGUGUUAAGAUCAAGUAUGUGGCAGUUGGCAAUGAGCCUUUCUUGACAGCCUACAACAAUUCAUUUCUAGAUAUUACAUUCCCAGCACUUCGAAACAUCCAGAAUGCCCUCAAUGAAGCUGGGCUCGACUAUAUAAAAGCCACUGUUCCGCUAAAUGCUGAUGUCUACAAUUCCCCGGAUGUGAAUAAUCCGGUCCCUUCGGCUGGAAGGUUCAGGCAAGACAUACUUGGCGAAAUGACCCAGAUUGUCCAGUUCCUAGCGCAGAACAAGGCCCCUUUUACUGUUAACAUAUAUCCUUUCCUUAGUCUCUAUGGCAAUGACAACUUUCCCAUUGACUACGCCUUCUUUGAUGGAGUAACCAGUCCUAUUGUUGAUAAUGGAAUCGCGUACCAGAACGUCUUUGACGCCAAUUUUGACACUCUGGUCUCGGCCUUGAAAGCUGCCGGAUAUGGUGACAUGGCAAUCAUCGUAGGGGAGGUUGGAUGGCCAACCGAUGGAGACAAGAAUGCUAAUGUGAACAACGCGUAUAGAUUCUACAACGGCCUUUUGCCAAAGCUUGGAGCUAAUAAGGGCACGCCUCUUCGACCUGGAAACAUUGAAGUGUACUUGUUUGGGCUUAUUGAUGAAGAUGUCAAGAGUAUAGCUCCUGGUAACUUUGAGCGUCACUGGGGAAUCUUCAAGUACGACGGACAACCGAAGUUCGGGAUGGAUUUUUCGGGGAAAGGACAGAACAAGCUCGUGGUGCCUGCACAAAAUGUGAAGUAUCUACCAAAGAGAUGGUGUGUGUUCAAUCCAAAUGCUAAAGAUUUGAGUAAACUUGCUGAGAACAUCGAUUAUGCUUGCACAUUUUCAGAUUGUACGACGCUUGGUUACGGAUCAUCUUGUAAUGGUUUGGAUGCUUAUGGGAAUGCAUCAUAUGCCUUCAAUGCCUACUUUCAGGUACAGAAUCAGGGGAAUUUGAGCUGUAAUUUUCAAGGUUUGGCUGCUGUUACUACGCAGAAUUUAUCGCAAGGCCAGUGCGAUUUUCCGAUUCAGAUUUUGUUAGCAGAGUCUCCUGAAAGAGGCCCGUCUUUGGCGAUUUUGCUCUUUUUAUUGGUCAUCACAUUUUUUAUGUAGAUCUCUUUUUGGUAGGAUAACAUAGAGAAAUUGUGAUUUUACAGAGUAUUGUAGUUAUGGUAGCUUUUUGAAACUACAUGUACACGAUUGCUCAAAUUUUGUGCAACAAUAGUUCUUAAAGGGGUUUGCUUUUAUA